AUCGUAGCGGAGCGCGUCCGGCGGGGGUCGAGCCGCCGGUUCCCGGUGUGAAGUGGCCGGGAUUCGGCAGUGAGUCAUUGGGCUGUUCGAGCGCAGAUCGCCGCUGAGGUUUUAUUGUGGGGCUGCCGAGAAGCUCAGCCUCACCAUGAGCGGAGGAGAGAUUGUCUGCCAAGGCUGGCUGAGGAAGUCACCGCCGGAGAAGAAACUCCGCAGAUACGCCUGGAAGAAGCGGUGGUUUGUCCUCCGUAGCGGCCGCAUGAGCGGCGACCUGAAUGCCCUGGAGUAUUACAAGAACGACCACUCGAAGAAGCCCAUCCGCGUCAUCGACCUGGACUGCUGCGAGCAGGUGGACGCUGGGCUCACCUUCAAGCGUAAGGACUUCCAGGACAGCUUCGUCUUCGACAUCAGGACCUCGGACCGCACCUUCUACCUGGUGGCUGAGACGGAGGAGGAGAUGAACAAGUGGGUUAGGGCCAUCUGUCAGCUCUGUGGCUUCAACCAGGCCGAGGAGAACUAUGACGGCGGCAGGACCGUGGCCGGAGCCUCCCACACACCGCGUUCGCUGGCUGCCGAGCUGGGCGCCCCGUUCAGCUCUCUGAUUGGUGACCGCAAGUCCACGUUGCCCGCUCACUCCAGCCAGCCUGUCCUGUUCACCUUCGACAUCCCCGCGCUGCACGUCCAGGGCCCCCUGUCCAACAGCGUCCCCCAGGACUACCUGUUCCUGCACCAGUGCAUGAGCAGGAAGUCUGAGAGCGCUCGGAGUGCCAGCUUCUCCCAGGCCACCCGGGGCAGCCUCCUAUCGGGCAGUGACUCUCCCUCGCAGAGGGUCUCUCGCGGCUUCCCCCACUGCCUGAACGGCACCGGCGCCCAGACUCACGGCUUCUACAGCCUGCCUAAACCGGGCCGCCACCCCAGCCGAGCCUCUACGACGCAGCCCGAGAGCCCGCGGGACUCCUGUUGCGACGUGGCCAAAGGCCCCAGCUGGGACUGGGGGGGCUCGGAGGUGUACACCUUUAAGACCCCCAACAACGCGCUGGCCGCGUCUCUCUGUGCUGACGGGGACCCGCCCCCUGAUAACCGACACCCCCCCACCCCUCCCAGCUCCUUCUACCAGACCCCCCGCACCUUCGACAAGAAUCACAACGCUGUGUCGGUCUCCGACGGCCCGGCUGCCCCCCCUCCCCGGCCCCCCAAGCCCGGCCAGCGGGCCGAACAGUGCCGGGCCGGCUCGGGAGCUCCCGCCGUUGAGGCUACGUCCGUCGGCCCUCGUCGAAACACACUUCCUGCCGUGGAGAACAUCAGGCUUCACAGAGGCUCCUCCUUCGAGAACAGCGAGCACCCGCCGCGGCAGAUCUACUUUGCCAGCGCCGGUCAGUCGGCCGAGUCCGUCAACGAGAUCCUCUGCCCGUACCUGCAGCGGCCGGGGCUGCCCCUCAAGCGCUCCGACAGCAGUGAUUCGGAUGAUAACUACGUGCCCAUGAACCCGGGUUCGGGGGCGUCGCCCUCCUUCGGCGCCCUACCUGACAGCCCGCAGAACGUCUACAUCCCCAUGAGUCCCAGGCCGCACCACUUCGACUUCCCGAGCUUUUCCGCCACGCUGCCGGCACGGAAGGGCAGCUCAGCCUCGCUCUGCCAGCGGCCGGGCCGCCUGAGCGACGUGACCCCGCCCCCCAUCAACCGCAACCUCAAGCCUGACAGGAGGGCGCGCCCCGUCCCGCUCGACCUGCGCAGCAGCAGCAUCAUCGACGAGCUGCCCUUUAAGAGCCCCGUCACCCUGUCCUGGACCCGGCCUGUGCCCGUCGCCAGCACGGUGUGCCGGCCCUCAUCCACCCAGAGCGUCACCAGCACCGACUCCGCGGACAGCGAGGAGAACUACGUGGCGAUGCAGAACCCAACGUCUGCGUCCCCGGCGGCCAGUGGCACCGGCAGUCCAGCCCCCAGGAAGAGCGGCAACGUGGACUACCUGGCUCUGGACUUCCAGGCCGGCUCCCCGAACCCACACAGGAAGCCGUCCACAUCCUCCGUGUCCCUGGACGAGAAGGUGGAUUACGUACAGGUGGACAAAGAGAAGACUCAGGCCCUCCAGAGCACCAUGCAAGAGUGGACGGAUGUCCGGCAGUCCUCCGAGCCCACGAAGGGCCUAAAGUCCUGACAGGGGCCGUCUGUGAUGGUGUGAAGCCCCGCUGUCCCGUGCGCAUGGUCCCUGUCGACGAGGACUCGUAGGACUGAGACUGCCAGUGGCACCCGGCCGCAUACCCCUCCUCCGUAUGCCCGCCUCGCGCCGAGGCUGCACCAGAAGGCCGCUCUGAUCCCACGGCUGCGCCAGUGAGCUUCACCUGCCUUAUGCAAAUUAUAUAGGACUGUAAUCCGAGGUCCCAUUUAGCCUGGGUGUGACGGGCCGUACACCCUGCGUGCCUGCUAAUGUGUAUGUAUGUAUAUCGCUUUAAUGGCGCUUAGGUAAUUAGACUACAAAGGGUCUUUUACCCAUCUUCUUCCUGCCUCUGGGUUCAGCGUCUCCGUGCACCAAUGUUCAAUGACUCCACAUCUCGUUUAUUGAGUAAUCCGUUUCGCUUCAAGAUGCUAUCCAGACUGAGGUUCCCACGUGUCCAACUCUGGUUGGAAAACUCAAGUCCGUGCAAUCAUUUCUGAUCCAUUCACUGUAAACUGCAUCCCCCCCCCCCAUUCACGUGCCACGCAGGUACUAAGAUUUCUGGGGGAGAUGGUCUCUCUGAGCUACAUGAGUCUCUCUGAGCUACAUGAGUCUCUCUGAGCUACAUGAGUCUCUCUGAGCUACAGCAUGGGAAAAUACAGGGAUAUUCCUAAAAACACACACACACUGAAAGUGUGAACUGAAAUCACUUCAUCCCCUGCAGGACGGUCUGCAUGGCCUAGCUGAGGGUGCUCCAGUCCUGCGAGCCGCUGAAGAUUCCCAUCACACGCCGUUCUAUCGGAGCAGCCUCAUUAAGAUGUGUUCGCUCUAGUUACAAGGGUCACUCCGCUGAUAAUUGCAAUCUAAGUGCUGUUUUGGCGUGAAAGGAAGUGACCGUUAUUAACACGUCUGCCCUGGGUCUGCCCUACAGUGCCCCAACAAUGCCCAGAGCUGCUGGAUUCUCCAGAUGCAGCUAGCUGAGCCGUGUUUAUCUCUUACACACGCAUGGAAGGGCGGCGAAAACGCUGCGGACGCAGAACGUGGAGCCUCUUGAUAUGGCGGCCGAACCCAGCGGCCUGUGCUGUGAAUAUAAUACCCCAAUACCUGAUACCCAUCCACCGCCCACAUAACCGAGCAUGGCAUUUGUUUACUGAUAGGUAUAUCAGCAAGGUGACGCCACUAGUGCAUCAGGAUUAAUUACAGGCCUUCUAUUCUACCCUUGCCCCCCCUCCCCAAUUCAUCACACUUAUGGAGCCAUAAAAAUGAUCCCUGAUAAAUAUGGAGGCAUUCUGGGCUGACUGGCAGCCUGUCUUUCACCGGGCUGCUGUGUUUAUGACUUAUUUCUGGCUUCUUAAUCAAGUCUGCCGGUCUGUGGAUGAGAUUCCUAAAAUGUCGAUGAAGCUAGAAGCGGUUCACAUUGACCCUACCUUAACUAGCGUAGGUUACCAAGUUUGGUAAACAUGUUGAGUGACAGGAUUUAUUAGAGGUCUGGCUCGCUAAUGAAUGCAGAAGCUUGUAGGAUCUCAUAUGCACGAUAUCCAAAAUAAAAGGGGAGUUCACAAAUGACCUUCAUCUCCCAGGGGUUCAGUCAGGCCAGCCGCCCGCCUUUCUCCAUGCACCAGCGGGUCAUUUUGUGGAAACGGUCCAAGCUGCAGAUUGUGAAGAGCACGAUGCUGGCAAGCUAAUUCCUCAGCAGAUGUGAAGUGUGCCGUUGUCAGCCGGGUGGAUCUGCUGGGGCGCACGGAUGUCGAGCAGACGGGCCGCUCGCGACAGACCAGCGCAGUCUGCCCGGGAGGUUUGCGUACGUCUGCCCUGACGGGGAGAGGUCGGGACAAAGCGGCUCGCCGAAGGUGGUCACCCGAGCUGCAGGCCAAGUGGCGCAUCGGUGAAAUGCGGCAAAUUUCUCCCGACAGGUGAUGUUUGCUGAGCUCGCUAACAAGGGGUCGUUGUGUAGGAAGUGGCAUGUAAACAAAGCCCUGCUGUCACCCUGGUGACGAUGCCACGGCGAAUGACACUGCAGAAACAGGCCUGUCCUGUCCUGCCCUCUCUUCUCAAAGGGAUUCAUUUUCACUUCCGCUACCAUCCAUCCAUCUUCUAACAGCUUAUCUCGGUCAGGAUCGAGCCUGUCCUUCACUUCUAUUCAGAAAAAUAGCCAGCUAUGUAACACUUCAUAUUAAUCCACGGUAACGCCGCAUUAGUCCAGGUCGGGGUGCCAUGUUUUAGCUAAGUGGUUAUACGUUUAACCUUAAGAUAAAACGAAGCGACGAGCGUGCUCUUUCCUUCGUUUCCAUGUGUUCUGCACUGAUAUUUAUCCAAAUCAGGUUUUAGUGUGACGUGUAUGAUGUACUACUAAUAAUAUGCGGUUAUAAUAAUAUACUGUUACCUUUUGUAAUUAAAUUACAGGGUGUGAAACAGACGUUUAAUUUAUGGUUUUUUAAACUGUAUAUGGAGUAGGUCUGUGUAAAGUUCUAGUCUCAGACUGGUGUGUGUCAGGAUGAAUGAAAUGUGUAGUAUGUUUACUUUUGUCAUUCAUGGAGAGAAGCCAUUUUCUUUUUUGAUGCCUUAUUACUCUGCAAUGUUUUGGUGGUUUCUUAGGUUGGGAUUCGUCUCGCUGUUGUGCGUGUACCAUGCCGGUUUGAUAAUCGCUGGCUGCCCUGGAUGAACAGUGCUCCCUGUCUUCCUGAUCUGGUUGCUAAUGUGCUUCACUUGGGUCCCAUAGUUCCCGAGCCAAUGGGUCGCUCAUGAGGGAGGGCUGACGUAAUCCAGUUGAACUGGGUUCUGGUUUUAAUAAUUGAAAUAUGAUGUUGCGUGUCUUUUCUGUGGAGGGGAAAAGCAGAGACCUCUUUUUUUUCUCCCCCAAAGAAAAUGUGUAUGUGAAGAAUACAAAAUAUAGCAGUGUCUCUGGUGUGUGCCGUCACUGUGCCCGGGGACGCCCUCCGUGGCCCGGUACUGUGCCCGGGGACGCCCUCCGUGGCCCGGUACUGUGCCCGGGGACGCCCUCUGUGGCCCGUCACUGUGCCCGGGGACGCCCUCCGUGGCCCGGUACUGUGUUUAGUUCUUUACUAGGCUGUCAUUUCCAGUGGCGUAUGACUUGUUUGUUACUGUUCUGCAGCAUUCCUAUCCUCUUGUGAAAAGCUAGUGAUUAAUUUAUGCAUUUCUGUAUGUUGUCAUUAUUAAAAUGGGAGUGAAGAGCACUGACGAGUUCGGAUCUGCUAACGUCGGCCAACGUGCUGUGUCUUGGUUUGUGGUGCGUUUGCAGACGGGGAUGUCUGGGCUAAUAGCGAGACUCCUUAUCCUGUACUAUCUGAGAAAAUAAACGAUGCACUAUACAGAUUUCCAGAGUCCAGAGCUGCUGUUGGUUAUGCUGGGUGAAGUGGGUGUGAUCUCUCUCUCUCUCUUUCUGUCUGUCUCUCUCUCCGUCUCACUCACUCACAUUCUUUCUCUCACUCACUCACACACUUUCUCUCAUACGCACUCCUUUCUGAUGAGGGUGUGGCUUGAGUGAUUGUUGCCUGGAAGGGUAUUAAUUCCACUUCCUACUUCCAAUAUGGAUGAAAAUCGGAGAGGAGAGCUGGACUGGGCAAAUCACACACCGUUGCUGAAUUUCAACACCAUAUUUUUAAAAACUUUUUGUCCAGAUAAAAAUGGUGCCCAUUAGUGCAUAUCUAUGUAUCGUGCUUUUGUGACAGUUUCAUGGUAGUAAAGACACGGCCAGACAUUCGCCAUGACCUGCUUGUAUGGACGACAUUUUAUGUUCAGAAUUGGUCUUAGGUAUAUUUAUCAGGUCCUCUCAUUUGUAUAUGUCUCCAUUUACUGCAGGGCUGGCCAAUCUUAUCCAGAAAGGGCAGCUGUGUGUGCAGGUUUUUGCUGCAGUUCCCUAAUUAAAUGACUAAUUAGAGGACUGAUUCGAUGAAGAGUCCUCACACCUGGGUUAGAACAGUUGACCUAAAGGUUACCCCUGAAACCUGCAUGCACACUGGCCCUUGGUGAAUAAGAUUGCCCACCCCUGAACUACUGAAUACUCGCUGGCCGUUAAAAAUCAUUUGAGCAGUUUGACUGCCAUAGUUUUCUCACUACUAGUGUUGCAUAGCUAUGGAUUUUCAUGUUCAGGUUCAGUUACUGCUAACACAUUUCUACUAGGUUUGCAGUUUCCAUCAUAAAAACACGGGUAACUAACUAAUGGGUCCGAGUAAAACAGGCUUUUUAAGUUUACGGCCGGCUUUAGCACAAGCAGCCCAACUCCGCCGAUCCUGACACGGCCAAUGGCGUCGUCGGCCCCAUCACUGCAUCCUUCUCUAGCUGGCGCCUGGUGAUGAUGUCAGUAAUGAACAUGGCGGACUGUAUCUUAAUUUUGACCAAAAUGGGUUAAGUACGUAAUAAGAUGUCAGUGGCAGGCUUGCUCAGCUCCCCUCCCACUCACAUACUGGUUGGUUUCCAACAGGCGGAUUCAGGCAUGGUGGAAAUCUCUUGGCCAAAGUGCUCCUUUUUAGGUGUUUUGGUGGUUACUGGGGAGACAGUGAUGUUAUACCUCAAAGGCGUGGUUGCAGCUGCAGAAGCUCAGCCUGGAGCUCUGUUUGUCCUUCGUAAAGAGUGAUUGUUUUUACUUUUUUUUUUUUUUUUACUUUUGUGUUUACACAAUCUCUGCUGCUUUUGGUUCCGUCCCAUACUGGGCAUAUACCGGUUGAACUGAGUGCAGGACAUGCCCCAGGUUACUCCUGUGUUCUGGACGUUUCUGGACCGUGACGAAUGUGUUCGCUAUGUGAAGUCUGAUUCAGACUUUUUAAAUGUACUGAAGACGGCGGUGUUUCUCACUCCUAUUUCAGUUUUUAAAGCACGUCAGAAUACAAAUACAUUAAGCCUCGUAUUUUAAUCCUUGAGAGGGGGUUAUAAAAGAGCCUGCUAGUGAUAUACAGCUCCUGCCGGCAUUCGCAUAACUGUAAUUUGACUAAUUGGACGAGCUGGACAAACUCGAGUCGCAAUAUCCCUUAUCACCGUGGUUCUGGAGAAGAUGGGACUUUCCGAUUCCAGGGCUGCGGUGUGAUUCAUGCCAACGGAAGAACGCUGUCGCCCCCUACUGGCCGCCAGGGAAUUUUCCAGUCCUGGGAUGACAGCAAAGUCUAUUCAGCGUAAAACAAAACAAUACAGGAUUCUAAACAUUUGCCAAAAAGUAUGAACUUUUACAUUGAUUCAUAUAUCUGAGCUCCAGAUGUCCAAAUGUUGUAAUAUCCAGCUAAACUGUCUUUCCCUUGAGAGUGAUCUGUCGAAUGCACUAGUGACUGAAGCCAAAAUAAACCCAAAAACUUCGCAAAACAAGGAAAGCACUGAAAAGUUUUACAUGCUGAAAAAUUUCCUGUGAUUUUGUCAGUUUAAAGGCAUUCAAGUCUCUAUUACUUAGCAGUUAGACUGAUUUAAAGUGUUUUAACGUUAUAAGGAUUUAAUUUCCUUAAUGUUCCUUAAUGCAUUUUAUUGCACUACCUUCGGUGUUUUCCCUUCAACUUUUCUGUUAGCUUCACGCAUUUCCCCGUGCGAAGGAUAUUGUUCUUACCGUACAGAAUGUGACCUGUAAAUGACUGUAAAUUAAACAGUAACCCAAACCCAGCUGAGCUAUUUGAGUU